AUGCUCACCUCAAACCCGGAUGACGCGCUCUUCCCCUGGCCUCUACCAGUCGACUACUCAAAGCAGUCGUUCGAAGUCCCAGGAACAAGGCGACCAGGGCAGACAGGACACUACAGGAACUCCGCGCAUCCGGACCUGAUCACUACCUCCCUCCCUGGGGUGCCGUACACCACCAUCCCCGAGAUCCUAGACUAUGCCCGUGCUCAUUACCCGGACGACUACCGCUUGUUUGGCCACCUUCCCGUCCUCCAGCCAGCGACGCACGACACUCCUUCGAUCUACGCGAGCGCCUAUUCCUGGAUCACCUACGCCGAGGGGAACGCGCUGCGUCAACAGCUCGGAGCUGGCGUGGAUAGGCUCUACGAGGAGGGACUCCUGGGCUCGAAUCCUGAGGGACUCCAGACAGUGGGGAUAUGGAGCAUCAAUAGGCCCGAAUGGCAGAUUGUCGAUUAUGCGCUGCUGAGUUACUCGAGAGUGAGCGUAAGCUUGUACGACACUCUGGGGAGGGAUGCGUGUGAAUACAUCAUCAACCAUGCCGGUAUUCAGCUUGCGUUCACCACCGCGGCGCAUAUAAGGGACCUCUUGGCUCUUGCAGGGCCCGAGGGGAGCGGUCGCUGUCUCUCCCUCAAGGUCGUCGUGAGUCUUGACGAGCUCGAGCCGGUCGCGUGGGGGAUGUUCGAGUCUUGGGGCAGGGAAAAAGGGGUCAAGGUCAUGUUGCUCAGCGAGGUGUACAAGUUGGGUAAGGAUCAUCCGCGCCCUAUGCGCUACCCGACCCCUUCGACCGUCGCCAUCAUCUCGUACACCUCGGGCACUACAGGCAACCCGAAAGGGGUCGUGCUCACCCAUGCCAACCUCGCCCUGUCCGUGUACAGCCAUUGUCUGGGCCCCUUUAUGAAGAACUCGAACAACGCAGCGAUGUUCAGCUUCCUCCCUUUGGCGCAUAUAUACGGGCGCGUGCACGAGCAGAUCGCAAUAACCAUGGGGAUGGCGAUCGGGUACUCGACGGGUGACGUCCUCCGGUUACUUGAAGAUAUGCGGCUAUGCGAGCCGCAAUGCUUCAUCGCUGUCCCCCGUGUGCUGAACAGGAUCUACAACGCCGUCAACCCUGUCCUGAAGGGCGGGCUGAAGGGAGCGAUGGUGCAGCACGCGAUCUCUGUGAAGCUGCAGAAGCUGCACACGACAGGGCAGGUGAAGCACGCUGUCUGGGACCGGCUGGUGUUCAACAAACUCCGCGCACUGUUAGGCGGGAAGAUAGAGGUGAUCACCUCCGGCGCAGCGCCCAUAUCGGGCGAAGUACUCGAUUGGUUCAAAGUCGUCUUUGGCGUCGAGAUGGUACAGGGGUACGGGAUGACCGAGAACUGCGGUACGGCGUGUCACAAUUUCACGUCCGACCCUUUGCCGGGAGGCACUGUUGGAGGCCCGUCACCGGCGAACGAGAUAAAACUGAUCGACGUGCCCCAGAUGGGGUACCUGACGGACGUCCCUGAGCCGAGGGGAGAGCUCUUAAUGCGGGGUCCCAACUGCUUCAGGGAGUAUUAUAAGGAUCCAGAGAGCACCAAGGCGACUGUUGACGAUGAGGGCUGGCUGCAUUCGGGUGACGUGGCGAUAAUAGACAAGUAUGGUCGGUUGUCGAUCAUCGACCGUGUUAAGAAUAUCAUGAAGCUCUCCCAAGGGGAGUAUGUCGCCCUCGAGAGAGUCGAGUCGGCAUACUCGACCAUCCCUCUCAUCUCCCAGGUCUGGGUCUAUGGCGAAGGAACGCAGGACUACGUCGUCGCUGUCGUCGUGCCCGAUCCGGUCCUGUUCGCCCCGUUCGCGAGUAAGGUGCUGAGCAAGCCUGUGUCCGAGAAAGACAGGGCGGCGAUGGACGACGCGAGCGGGGAUGAGCGGGUCGUGGAUGCGCUUUUGGGGCUUAUGAUCAGGGAAGCGAAGAAGGAAGGGCUGAAGGGGUUCGAGAUCGUCAAGCGGAUACAUAUCUCCCUCGAGCCGUUCACGAUCGAUAAUGGGAUCCUGACCGCUACGCUCAAGCUGAAGCGGAGGGAGGCGUACAAGAGGUAUAGGAAGGAGAUCGAUGCGCUCUAUGCGCUGGGGAGUCCAAAGCCGAGAGAGGAGGACAAGGCUAGGUUAUAG